AUGAACGACGCCCACCGCCAACGAUGUCAACCGCCCAUGAACAACGGCCACCACCAACGACGUCCAACGCCCACCGCCCACCAACGACGUCCCCCGCCCACGAAGACGACGUCCGCCGCCCACCGCCCACGAAACAACGUCCGCCGCCUACCGAAAACAUCCGCCACCCACCGAAAACGUCCACCGCCCACGAAACAACGUCCCCCGCCCACCGAAAAUGUCCGCCGCCCAUCCACGAACACAGUGACGAGCCCAGGUGAGCCCCCCCUCCCUCCAUCAUUAUUCCACAUCACACCCUCCCCCAUUGCUCCCCCUCUAAUUGCUGCCCCCCUCUCCACCUUUCCUUCCCCCUCCAUAACUCCCCACCUCCAUCACUCUCCACCCCUCCCCUCCCUCCUCAUUCUGCACAACUCCCUCUCUCCACAACUCCCACUCCCCUCCAUCACUUCCCCCUCCCUUGAUCACUCUAUAUCUAUACCUCUCCCUCCCCCUCUCUUUAAUAUUAUAUGUAGUAAAAUAAAAUUAUGUAGUCUGUUUCAAUACACCUUAGUUUUCUUCAUUUAUUAG